AGUUUGUCUGUGUCCCCCUCCGCCAGUUUCCGAGCAGGAGGGAAGCACAGGAGUUCAGGAGACUCCUCAGACAGCAAGAAACAGAAGAUGGACGACAAGGAGUUAAGCGCCACACGUUACGACAGCGACGGGGAGAAGAGUGAUGACAGCCUAGUGGUGGAUGUCUCCAAUGAGGAUCCUGCCUCUCCUAGAGGAAGCCCCACCCACUCCCCUCGUGAGAACCAAUUGGAUAAGAGCCGUCUGCUGAAAAAGGAAGUCCCUCCCCUCAGCCCUGCCUCGUCCAGUAGCACGCCCUCCAACAAGUCCAAAGAUCUCAUCAUGAAUGAGAAGUCUAAGUCCAGCACCCUGACCCCCAUCCCUCGCUCUGAUGCCCCCACUCCCAGCAGCACCUCGACCCCCGGUCUGAGAGUAGAGGUCAUGGGCCCUGGUCUGCGUCCGCUGGCGUUGACGUGUCCUUACCCGGGUGCGUUUGGCAUGGUGCCCCACCCAGGCCUCAACGGGCUGAACGGCGACCUGGGUGGCUACGCCUCCCUACACAACCUCUCUCCUGCUGCCGCCGCUGCAGUCGUGGCCUACGGACGAUCACAAGCGGUGGGUUUUGACCCCCACCAUCACAUGAGGGUCCCUGGUCUUCCUCCCAACCUCUCUGGAGGAAAACAAGCCUAUUCCUUCCACGUGAGCACUGACGGCCAGAUGCAGCCGGUGCCGUUCCCUCCGGACGCCCUGAUAGGCCCGGGCAUCCCGCGUCACGCCCGUCAGAUCAACACGCUGAGCCACGGCGAGGUGGUGUGUGCUGUCACCAUCUCCAACCCCACCAGACACGUCUACACAGGAGGGAAGGGCUGUGUCAAGAUCUGGGAUAUCAGCCAGCCGGGCAGCAAGAGCCCUGUCUCUCAGCUGGACUGUCUG